AUGACGACGACGAUGGAGGCGAACGCGGAGGCGCUGUUUAAAAACAGGACGUUAGACGAGAUCAGAGAAGUCGAAGCCCGGACGCGUCGCGAAGCGCGAGAAAAGGCCGAGGCGCUGCGGUGCGUGCGCACGCGACGCGAUCGACGUCCUGGACUGACCGACGCGCUCCGAACGCGCAGGAAAUUGCUCGGGGAGUCGUAUAAAGAUGCGAUCGCGACGGUGGAGGCGCUGGAAAUCAUCGAAGAAACGUCACGGAGCGUGGCGCAGACGUCGAGGGAGAUCGAGCGCGCGCUGCGGGAGAUGAAUGAAAGCGUGGAUAGAUCGAGUGAGCGGGAGAUCGGGGAGGAGGACGCGCGAAGGGCGGCGGCGGUGGAGCGAGGGAGUCGAGUAAAAUUUUUGUUGGACACGCCAGAGAAAAUGUGGGGGCUGUUGGAGGAUUGCGCGUACGAGGAAGCGGCGAUACGGUUGAUGGCGUCGGUGGAGAUGUUAGAUGAGAUGACCCGCGGGAAAGGGCGGGCGGAGGCGCUGUACACGACUUUUCCGGUGGCGCGACAACAGGCGACUGCGCUGAAUAGCUUCAAGGCGCGCGUUUCUAAACGCGCUCGAGCGGGACUGGAGCGUUCUGGAUUGCGCGUGUCAGAGGUUGUGAGCGCGCUGAAAGCGCUCGUGAUGAUGGAGAAUUUGAGCGCGACGCAGGCGUUGACACUGCUGUUGCAAACGCGUCAAGCAUGGGUACGCGCGUGCCUUCGCGACAUCGCGGGCUCCACGGUGACGCAAGAGUCGUUGAAUAAGCGUCUGAUGGCACUUAUGGCGGAUAUCAAGCACGUGUUGCAGCUUUGCUUCGAAAUUUUUGCGGGAGAGAAGGCUUUGAUCGCUUCGAAUACGGCUAAAUCGCUCACUGUGGAUGACUUGUUCCAAGGCGUCUUCGAACCGCACGUCGAAUGGGAGCAGUUUCAGGCGUCCACGAAGCAAAGGAGGGAAAAGUUAGAAACUUUGAGCAGUAGUGUGGUGAGUGAUGCGUGUUUGGCGUGGUUGGAUCGAUUGGGGCGCGAUAUCUCGCUGAGGGGUGUCGCGGUAUUUGGGAAGAUGUCAAGCUGCGCCGAACUUGCCGCGCUCGAAGCCACGUGCGCGAGCGAUGAGAAGGAGUGGGAAGAAUCCUGCGCCACGCUUUUCAACCGCAAAAUCAAUCUUUGGCCUACAUUAUUCGAGCAACCUUGGCUUCAGCAAGCAUUUGCUCUGUUCAAGAAGUCGUUGUCGUUCGCCGUCAUCAAACCGCAAGUCGACGCGGCGCUCGUGGACGCGCUCAAAAAGAAUUCCACUGAUUCUCGCAAAGAAUCUUCGAUGUGGUCGAGCUCGAGCGCGUCAAAGGAUGAAAUCGUCAGUGUUCCUGAUGAUAUCAAAUGUGCGCGCGCCGUGGCGCGAAGCAUGAAUAAGAUUAUGCUUACGGUGAGGAAAGACGCUUUGAAGCUGCACGGCAUUCACAUCGGCGGCAACGCCGACGUUGAAGGUCGACUCGCGAAAUUAGCCGAGCACAUUCAUGCGUGCGCGCACAAGGGUUUGGUAGAUUUAGCUCAGUACCUUUUGUCCAAAAUCAGUACGCAGCCUACGGAGGUGAACGGGGCGUUGAUGAUAGGACAUCUCGCGGCCGCCGUUAUGGAUGUCGUCAAAGAGACAACCGUGCUUUUGAAACCAGCGAACGUGUGGCCAAAGUACGACGAAUCCGCGGAGUUGAUCAUCAAACCCGCGCGAACACUACGAGGGUUGAAGAAACCAAAAGAAUCUGAAAGUGCGAAAAUCGAGGGCGUCAAGACAGAGUUUGAGAACGCGAUGAACGCUGGAUAUGAGGUGUGGGUGAACAACUGCGCCGCCGACACCGUUCGCACAUUCAGAGCGGCGUUGAGUUCGGAUGACUCGUUGGCGUCUGACACGACGCCUUCGUGUUGGGAAGAAGUGACGGAUAAGAACAGCGAAGGAUUGCAGCUUCGGCUUCCAGCGACGCCGUCGUCCUACGUGCUCACGUCUCUGCACGGCGCGUUACAGGAAGCACAGCGCGUUGGCGGACACCUCCUACCAAGAUCUGCUAUUCGCAUGCUCGCUACUUCUCUCGCCGAUGGUCUUUUGCAAGCGUACAUUGAUGCGCUCGCUCGACCUCUUCGUUCGGAAAAGGGUACGUUACAGCUGCUUUUGGAUGUCAAAUUUGCCAUGGACGUGCUCGCGAUGAAGGAUACGUCUCGAGUCAACGACGUGCAAAAUCGCCUCACGAGUGCGCUCGACCCGAUCGAUUGGGCGACGUAUGAGCCUUAUAUUUUGGACAAUGAACGUCGCGCCUACAGACGAUGCGCUGUUUUGCUCGGCGGUUUCGUUCAACUGUCCAACUUGUAUCAAGACACGUCCAUCAAGCCCGCGACUGGGGCGAGCGCCGCCUCGGCAAAGCCAGUCGCGCGCUUCACCUAUCUCCCCGUCAGUUUACCCACUCUUCGUGCGUUGAACUCUGACAGAG